AUGCCCAGCUCGUGCAAAAACACCACGAAACAAGAUGCCAAACCGCUCAAGGCAUCGAAGGACAUGGAGCCCUGGGAGAAAUUCUGGGGCCCAGUCUUCUAUCAGAAUCAGUUUAAAACUACCCUCGAGGUGCCCUCCAAAAGUUCAUGGCCUGAUGUAACUGGCAAGUGCGCUAUAGUCACAGGUUCAAACUCAGGACUAGGCUUGGAGUCUUCAAAGCAGCUCCUCUCCCUCGGAUUGUCACAUCUAGUGAUGGCUGUACGGUCGCUCGAACGGGGCCGAGCUGCCGCCGCCAACCUUGUUGAGCAGAAUCCCUCCGCCAAAAUCGAUGUUUGGCAGCUCGACAUGGAGUCAUACGAUUCCAUCCAGGCCUUUGUUCGGAAAUGCCAACAGGAGCUCUCGCGCAUCGACUUUGUGAUUCUGAACGCCGGAGCUUCACCUGUCCGCUUCGCCAAAGUCCCCGCCACGGGCCAUGAGAGAACCAUCCAGCUUAACCACAUCAGUACCGCGCUUUUGGCUGUCCUUCUUCUUCCAGUCUUGAAGAGCAAGACCGCAGGUCCUGGCCCACCUGUUCUGACCGCCGUUAGCUCAGUCAUGGCUCACUUGACGAGUUUCACAAACAGGGACCAGCGGCCGUUGCUGCCAUCCUUUGACGACACAUCCAUCACACCUUUUAGUCCCCCGGACAGGUACGGUGUAUCGAAGCUACUUUGCCAGCUGUUCUUCGUGAGACUCGCUGAGAAGGUGGACCGUAACACUGUCACCAUCAAUCUCGUUGAGCCGGGCCUCAUCAAGGGGACUGGCUUAUCACGCGAAGCAACAGGACUAGCUGGGAUCUUCUCCAACAUCUUCCACGGAAUUGCCGGUAGGCCUCUAGAACAAGGCGCCGCAACAUAUCUUGAUGCAAUACUUAGACAUGGCAAGGAAUCCCAUGGCUCUUACAUUAUGAAUUUCAAAUUCGCGCCGCUAGCCAAAUGGUAUUACUUGGAUGGAAAAGCUUUGACCGAUGUUAUCUGGACUGAAACACUUCAGGAGCUUUCUUCAGUCAAUCUCAAUGAUAUCAUCGCCUCUCUUUAA